GCAGUGGCGCGGAUUCCCGGAACAACAGGCAGAGGCUCCCAGAAUGAGCGGGUGGCGGUGGCUGCUGCUGCGGCGGCGGCGGCGCUGACAGGACGCGAGCUCUAUGCCUUUCCGGCUGCUGGUCACUCUCGGCCUCCUGUGCGCGCUGCUGCCUCUGCACCAUGGUGCGCCAGGCCCGGAAGGCACCGCGCCCGACCCCGCUCACUACAGGGAGCGAGUCAAGGCCAUGUUCUACCACGCCUACGACAGCUACCUGGAGAAUGCCUUUCCCUACGACGAGCUGCGACCUCUCACCUGUGACGGGCACGACACCUGGGGCAGUUUUUCUCUGACGCUCAUUGAUGCCCUGGACACUUUGCUGAUUUUGGGGAAUGUCUCAGAAUUCCAAAGAGUGGUUGAAGUGCUCCAGGACAACGUAGACUUUGAUAUUGAUGUAAAUGCCUCCGUCUUUGAAACCAACAUCCGAGUGGUAGGAGGACUUCUGUCUGCUCACCUGCUGUCAAAGAAGGCUGGGGUGGAAGUAGAGGCCGGCUGGCCUUGCUCUGGGCCUCUCCUGAGGAUGGCUGAGGAGGCGGCCCGAAAACUCCUGCCAGCAUUUCAGACCCCCACUGGCAUGCCGUAUGGAACGGUGAACCUGCUUCAUGGUGUGAACCCGGGAGAAACCCCUGUCACCUGUACGGCAGGCAUCGGGACCUUCAUUGUGGAAUUUGCCACCCUGAGCAGCCUCACUGGUGACCCCGUGUUUGAAGAUGUGGCCAGAGUGGCCCUCACGCGCCUCUGGGAGAGCCGGUCGGAUAUUGGGCUGGUUGGCAACCAUAUCGAUGUGCUCACUGGAAAGUGGGUGGCGCAGGACUCAGGCAUCGGGGCUGGUGUGGACUCCUACUUUGAGUACCUGGUGAAAGGAGCCAUUUUGCUUCAGGAUAAGAAACUCAUGGCCAUGUUCCUAGAAUAUAACAAAGCCAUUCGGAAUUACACCCGCUUCGAUGAUUGGUACCUGUGGGUGCAGAUGUACAAGGGGACUGUGUCCAUGCCAGUGUUCCAGUCGUUAGAGGCCUACUGGCCUGGUCUUCAGAGCCUCAUUGGGGACAUUGACAAUGCCAUGAGGACCUUCCUAAACUACUACACUGUAUGGAAGCAGUUUGGGGGGCUCCCAGAAUUCUACAACAUUCCUCAGGGAUACACAGUGGAGAAGCGAGAGGGCUACCCUCUUCGGCCAGAACUCAUUGAGAGUGCAAUGUACCUCUAUCGUGCCACGGGGGAUCCCACCCUCUUAGAACUCGGAAGAGAUGCUGUGGAAUCCAUCGAAAAAAUCAGCAAGGUGGAGUGUGGAUUUGCAACAGUAAGUGUUUCCACAGGCCCAAGAGUUGAGAAAUGUCUCCCCCUGCUGCUAAAGAGCCUCUGGAAUGUUAGCACUGAAGGGACCUUCGAGAUGUACACAUGCCUUUAUUUUACAAGGAUCAAAGAUCUGCGAGACCACAAGCUGGACAACCGCAUGGAGUCUUUCUUCCUGGCCGAGACUGUGAAAUACCUCUACCUUCUGUUCGACCCGGCCAACUUCAUCCACAACAACGGCUCCACCUUUGACGCGGUGAUAACCCCCUAUGGAGAGUGCAUCCUGGGGGCCGGGGGUUACAUCUUCAACACAGAAGCACACCCCAUCGACCCCGCUGCCCUGCACUGUUGCCGGAGGCUGAAGGAAGAGCAGUGGGAAGUGGAAGACUUGAUGAGGGAGUUCUACUCCCUCAAGCGGAAGAGGUCGAGAUUUCAGAAAAAAACCAUGAGCUCAGGGCCAUGGCAACCGCCAACAGGGCCAGGCUCGCUCUCCUCACCCGAGAACCAAGACCAGGUGAGGGAGAAGAAGCCUGCCAAGCAGAAGAUCCCCCUGCUCAGCUGCCCAAGUCAGCCCUUUACCUCCAAGUUGGCAUUGCUGGGACAGGUUUUCCUGGACUCCUCAUAACCACUGGACGAUUUUUUUGUGAGUGUUUGAACUAUGACAAUAAACCUGCUUUGACAAUCGUG